GUAUGUACUAGGCUAGGUAGGUAUAUGUGGUAGGUGCCUCGGGAAGUUGACAAUACGUAAUCCCUCCUUCUCCCUCCUUCUACUUUCUACCUUCUACCUUCUUACAUCAUUUCUCUUUUAUUAUACGAAAAACAAUACACGUCCCCAUGCACAUCCAUUUCAAUUCCAAAUCUACAGUUUUGAUCAAUUCAACACUCGAAAAUGGUUGAGACACCAAGAUUCGCCAAUGCAGGCGGGUUCUUCCCUGACGGAUUUACCUCGUUACCCUCGCCAGCUCCUAGUACUGCUUCGAGUCGAGCGGCUGCUCGUCUACCACAUCCACGAUCAAAGCCUCUUGCACGAGGCUCUAAGAAGGAAGAUUAUGCCAGGAAUUACGUCUCCGAUCGACUGAUGCACAUUUCGCGCCGAUAUGUGAAGAAGCAUGGCAUCCCCGACCCUGCCGACGAGGUCACCGGCUACGACAGCAUGGACGAAGUAUGCAAAGAUCUCGAGGACGUUGUCGACGUCCUCUGGUUCUCGGGGACUCCCAGCCUUCAGAUACCAUAUCUCCUAAACGUCGCGCUCGCAUUUAAUACUUACCUGCCAUCUUUCCCACCAUCGUCGCGCCCCACGUUCGCCUUACUCAAGAAGCUAGAUCAUUGUUUCGCAAGCCUCAUCAUCGGGCGCGACCUUAAGUCGGGAGAUCCACUUCCGGGAUUCCAAGGUCACGGGAGAGGGUUCACCAGAACAGACAUGGUGCGCUGCAAGAGUUUGACCGACGAAACUCGCAUGCUGGUCUCCAUGAUUAUGAGUAACGAGCCGGACGUAAAGAAUUUCGUAGGCGACGACGAUGACGACGACAAUGAUAAAAUUGCUCCAUCACCUAUUAGACGUAAUAUUAGCGUCUCUCUUUCUACCGGAUUCAUACAGACUCCUAUUCGAGAUAGGGAUUCCAUCGACGGCGAUGACAGGAUCAAGUCUGAGGAUGUUAUAAAUUUUGAUGACGAAUCAGAUAUCGGUGACGAGGAACCGGACCAUGCUGCGGCUAAACGAAAAUUUAAGGAUAUCAGUCUAAACGAGGAGACCCCUGAUGAUCAUAAACGGAUCAGAGUCAAAGACGAGGAGGGUCUGGAUGUUCAACUCGACGAUGCGGCGCCAGGAAACCGGAGUCCAAUCCCGGAAGUUGGCGGACUUUCACUAAGGCGUCCUGGAGAAAAGUUCCAUUUCAUAUUAGACGAUGACGACGAUGACGAUUCCGGUGAUGAAAAGUUCCAAAAUACAAAUAGCAUCCUCCCCGAUGCUGCCGCUACUUCCGCCGCCGCCGCGUCAGUCCCAUCGACGGCGCAAAUAGACCCCAACACUGAAGGAGUAGGUGAGUGGGAUGGGAUGAUCGAUGAGGAGGGGGAAGAUGAAGAGUUGCAUUUAAACGUAGGGAAGGUAUACGAAAAGACGCUGGUACAACUUGGUAAAUCAUUAGGCGAAUCUAUAACAGACGGAUAACGUCCAAUAUUUAUCCACAAGCAGCUCCUUGCCUACGAAUACACUAUAAAUACUAUAAAUACUAUAAAUACUAUAAAUACUAUAAAUACUAUAAAUACUAU